CACCUCGUGUUUGACUGACAAAUGUGUGUUUCCAUCUCUGCAGGCGAGAGGAAGGACGAGGUUCAGGGAAACAUUCGGCUGCUGACGACUGACGAGCAGGUCCUGGCUUUAGUUCUGACUCCUGGUGCCACCAUGUGUCCUGUGCUGCCCCUGCUGCUGCUGCUGGCAGCACUGAACUCAGAAUCCACGGCCUCUCUACCUGAAGACAGCACUGGUCUGAAGUUCAUUGUUGUUUUCCCAGAGAACAUCGCCUACUAUCAUCCUGAUCAGCCCCAAAACAAGGCCCAAAUCACUGCCUUGCAUGAUAACACAGUGUUCACCAUCACACCAUAUAAUACAAAUAGCUAUAGCAAAACACUGAGUGCAGGAGAGACUCACGAAGUCAAACUUGAUGCAGAACAGGACCAAAGCAAAUCCAUCAAAACUCUCAAAAUUGUCAGCACUAAGAAAAUCACCGUCCAUGCCAUCAACCAAAAAAACAACAGCGUGCAAACCGCUCUGGUCAUGCCUAUUGACAAACUGGGCACAGAGUACUUCAUCCCACCGGUGCCCAAGAUCCAAGGAACCACUGACCCUCUGGACAUGGUCACGACAGAUGUAACCGAAAGAAGCCCAUUCAAACUCAUUAUCGUCAGUGCUGACAAACAUAGCGAGGUGACUGUUGAAGGCGCAGGGACCAAUAAUGUUUCGCUUCAGCCCUACGAGAUCGCUCAGAUCUGGGUUAAAAACGAGGAGGCAUUGCGAGUCGUGAAAGCCAACCAACCGGUGGCGGUCCUCUUCGGUCACACUUGCGCCAUCCGGCACAACUGCACCUGCGGGCUGCUGUACGCGAUGCUGCCGCCAGCCAAAGAAGAGAAGCUGAAGUUCUACAUUCCUCCAAUUCUGGCCAAGGAUGCUGAAGAUCAAACCUUUUUACUUCUGUCAGAGAAAGACUCCACCAUAGGAAAGGCCUUCGAUCCGGACUCGCCGCUGGUUGAGAGUGCUGGCACAGUCAUCCUCUACCGUCCAGGCUUACUCCUCACUCUGAUACCAGAGACGGACUUCGCCGCCUGUUCUGUAAUCAACUCCAUCCCCAACGUGCAGAACUUCGCCGUGAUUGUGGUCCACAAAGAUCUCACUGAUGGGGUUCGUGUUAAAAGUCGUCCUUUGGCGAGUCCUGUGUGGCAGGAGCUGAAAGGGACAGAGUAUGUCUCGACAAAUGUUCUUCUGGAAUCGGGUAAGAACGUUAUCUGGCACGCUUCCUCCAAAAUGGCUGUCUACUUUAUGGGAAAGACUGGAAAUGCUCUGUUUGGGAACCCAGCACCCAUCAUCAGUAAAACCCCAGAUUUCAGGGGUUGCGCCUUGUCUCCAGAGAUCGUAAAAAUCGGAGAAGUGGCAGACGGCUGGCGAGAAUCCGUGAAGUACUGCAGAGACAAGGAAAUGGAGCUGGUCAGCUUCCCCAAUGCCCAGCUCCAGAGACACAUCUACGACAAAAUCAUCCAGGCCAAGAAUGACACCCUGCAGGAAGUGUGGAUCGGCAUGCGUCGGAGCGCCCAAACUGGGGAGUGGUACUGGCUGAACAAGGAUCCGGUCAAUGACACCAACUGGAAGGAGGGGGAGCCUGGCACGGUGCACGACGGCCAGUGUGCCAUCAUGAGUCUGAAAAGCAGCGAGGACUUUGGCUGGGGUGACGAGGACUGCUGCAAGGCCGCCCAUCCCGUCUGCUACAGCAGGCUCGUCCUCCUACCCAUGUAGUGGGACGAUCCAUGUCUGACCUUAUCCGUAACCAUACUGUAGUUGCCAUGCCCAGUUUAGAUUAAAAUCUACAAUGGGAUUUAAAUCUGAAAAAUGUUGUGAAAAAGCCCAGAGGAUGUUCGGGAGUUUCGUGUAAUUUGAUGGGGUUUGUCCGUGUACUCAUUCCUGAAAAAUGUAGCGCCAGGUUUAAGGUCCCGGUCACACCAGAAACUUGGUCAUGUGAUAUUUCAUUGACCAGAAGAAUUACUUAAAAACUGUAUCAAUAGGGCUGGGCAUCGUACAGCAGCACUUUACCUGAGUUCAGGUACUUUUACCAACACAAAGCUCUUUUCGACCUUCACUGGGUACGUACAAUUUUGGUUUUAAAAACUCCUUAAAAUUAAGCCAAAUUCUUCAAGUUUAGAGCCUGACUGAUUCUGAAGUUUUGAAGCCAAUACUAAUAUUUGACUUUGACUUUUUUUUUUUUAAAUCCACUGGUUAUUUUAUUUAUUAAUUUAUUUUACCAUAAAUAAAUAAUAUAAACAGGCAUUUUUGAUGGGAAGAUAUGUACCCAGUGGAACAUUUUACAACAGAAAAAUAAACCGACCGGCUGAUUUAUCAGUUUUAGCACAAACAGAUGUACUAAAUGUUACUGCUGAUGAAUGGGACCUAAAAUUACACUAAAACUGGAAAUAUACUCAAAGUUAAAGUUGAUUUGUUUUGUGCAGGAACAAUGAUUUGCAACCGAUGUACAACUGACUUCCAGCCUUAUGUUAUUAAUCUGUUUUAACCACGUAAAAUCUUUUAUUCAUCACCCUCCCACAUGUUUAAUGGUGUCUUGCUGUUUUUUGAGAGUUGUGUUUUCUCCCACUGCAUUUUGAAAUCUCAUGUCAUUCAACGAACAGUCGCCGAGGCUCAUUGAGCGUACGAGAAUUUAUCGCUCGCAUCUGAAAGAUGUUGAACAGACUUGAUGAACUUUAGGAGGCUUUUAGAUACACUUAUCAAGAAAACAACAUAAGCCUGUAAUCACCUCCACCAAUCCCAAAUAAUGUUUUUUUUAAUUAAACGCUGUCUUGCCAGUUCAGAGAAACAGCUAAAUGUAGCUUUAGCUAAGGCUAGCUGUGGCUAUGUCAUGUGCUAGCUUAUCUUUAAGGGAAAAUUAUGCUUUUUUUUUUGUUUUUUGUGCAUGUCCACUCAGGGUUGAUAGUAAAUGUAGUAAAUUUAAGCAAUAAAUUCCUCAGCGAGUGCUAGAUUGACAGAGAAAACCUGAGUUUGCCAUGUAGCUCUUCCUGCAUCCAGUAGUUCUUCCUGUCAUGUGACAGGACAGUGACAUCAUUGGAGGCAGGAACUACAGGCUACUUCAGCUUGGAUUUCUGGUCUCGGCCUGCGGUGGGGAUGGCGGCGCCGCUGAGAACUCAGCUUUCUCGGUCAAUAUAGCACGCACUGAGUAAUGUACUGCUUCAAGUUGACUACAUUUGCCAUCAACACUGACGGGACAUCCACAUAAAAAAAUGCAGAACUUUCCCUUUAACUGUACAGUUUUUACCAUUGUUUUGCAGCUUUACUAGACAUUAUAGUUAAUACAUUUAUAUGGCAUAAUAUUUUAUAUGGUAAAAUAAACGUCAAAAAGUCAGAUUCUGGUCUUAACUCAAUUUUGACUGAAUAUGUACUCACUGCUUUUUGGCUUUGUAGGGCAGUAUUGGCUAAUGUAGCUAUGUCUGUGAUCUGAUUGGUUAAAAUACAUAUUAUCCAUCACUUUUGUGUCUUUUAAAGGUGGGGUCAGCGAUUCUACGCCAACACACGUCUUUUUUUACGCGUCGCGGUCCGCUAGCUGUGCGUUCAGUGUGAGCGCUGAAAACCCUCCGGUGUUCGUACUCAGCCCCGGCUCUGCGAACGGGAAACACAAAGAGGCUCGGACCGAGCCGCACAGCACUGUUCCAGCCACGAUUUUUGCGUCAGGUGACGUUAAUCAACCUGCCCACGGACAUUCAGCUGACUUUCUAGUUUGCCAAGAUCUGCUGUUGUUGUGAUGUUAGCUACAGCAGCAGGAGAGUUGUGAGCGUCGCU